AGACUCAAGAGUUGCAUUCUUUAUCUGAGGUCUCAUCUUAGCCCCUUAUAGUUUACCCCUGAGAGCUUAAAGUUGAGUGUUUUUCCCUUCAGUCUAGCUCACUUCUUAAUGAACCUUACUGUUGAAGGCUACUGGGCUAAGCCUCAAAGUUGGAUUUAAAACCGUAUGGCUGUCUUGGAUGUAGGAUAAUUUCUGAUCAACUCUUCUCUCCAGUUUUCUUUUUUUUUCCUCUAGAUACUUUAAUAAUUAUAAUUUAUUAUUAAUUCUUGUUGAGAUCAGUAAAACAAUAGGAUUUUUAAGAUGGUUCAAAUUAACAGGAUUACAGGGAUAAUGGUAGUCUGUCCUUUAUUCAUAUAUAUAUGUAUGUAUAUAUAAAAAUAAAUAUAAUAUAUGAAAGCAUGAAUGAAGAAUGAGCCCUUCUUCAAAGUUUCUCUAGACUAGACUAAAAAAGAAACAGUAUAGGAAUAAAAAGCAAAGAAUUCUUUGCUAUUCUUUCUUACUUCUGCUGCAGUCUUUCCUCCCUUUUUCUCUCCUCCAUUUUUCCUGAAAAAACAUUAGUCCCACAGUCUGCUAAUUUGAAAAUGCAGAUGGGUAGUGACAUACUUCCUUCCCCUCCCUUUCCAGUUAAACAGUUCAUCUGAAUAAGUGCCUUGGGGGCUAAAAUAGGAAGUACAGACUGUACAAUUACACAGGCAAUUCCUUUCCUUGAAAAGGUGUGGUCUGCCUCUUUAGAAGGGGCAUUUCAGGUGCAUAGAAAGCAUAACAGUUAUUUUAAAGGCUAAGUUUGCAAUGAAAUCCUGCAGUCAGUUUUAUAUCCCCCGUCUCCAGUCUGGGUAAGUGUGAUUUUGCUCGUUUCUGCAUCUGCGUAGAGGAUUCUGAUGUUGUGGAGGAAAGGUGGAAAGGAAGAGUCACCCAUCAAGUCAAAUCAUCUGCUUCAUAGACAGCUCUGAUUCCAGGAUCAAGCUUGUGUACAAAGGACAGUAUAAGAAUGAAAGAGAUUUGCAGCCUUUUGCUGAGUCUACACUUUGUCUUCAGUGUCCAAGCCAUUCGAGACAGUGUCCCAAUGCAGAACUUGAGCUGCUACAAUGACUACAACUCACAGGUGACCUGCACAUGGAUGGAGCAUUCAGAGGCUCAUGUCUUCCUUGGUAUGAGUCUUUACCGAAGGAAUAAUGAUGAAAUGAAGAAUGAAGAGAUGCAUUGCAAGCCCCAGGCAGAAAAUGAAUUCCAUAAGGGCCCCAAAUCCUAUAUCCACUGGGUGUGUCGCAGCACCGUAAAAUUUUUUGGAAUAGGGGUAGAUGAUAUUUACACCUUCAAACCUAACAAGACACUUCAAGCAGAACUGAACGUUCAUCUUUUCCAGACUGUUCAGCCCCUCCCACCGCAAAACCUUUCAAUCAGCUUGAUGAGAUCAGGAGACUUCUUGCUGACAUGGAAAGUAGCUGAUGGAAACCAAGGGCUGGGCAAUGCACUGGAGUAUGAAGUGGCUUACAAGCAGGAGUGGGAGUCCUGGGAGAAAGCUGCCUCAGUCUCACUCUCCAACACCACACAUUGCCACCUCAGCCAUGAAGACCUUGUUCCAGGCAGCAGCUACGUUGCCCGUGUGCGAGCCAGACCAGGGCAGACCAGUGGCUUCUCUGGACAGUACAGCGAGUGGAGCAUGGAGGCAUCCUGGGACACACCGGAAGGUGGCAUUCAACCCAGGAACCUUCGCUGCCUCUUCAACGGUGUGGAUCGUCUCACAUGCAGCUGGGAAGUGAAGAAAGAGAUCAUCACCUCUGUCCUCUUUGGCUUGUUCUUCAGGGCCACUUCAGCAUCAGCAGAGGAGGAGUGCUCUCCUGUGCAUGAGAAGACUUUGCCCCAUGUCCCCUAUGUGGUCCAGAGCUGCGAGAUCACUGUUACCAACACCAGCAGUCAGAGCCAGUACCAUGUAGCUGUCCGGACCAAAACGGAGGAGAAACUGAUUGAAGCCUACAGAAACAUUAAGGUGCUGCCACCUGCAAAUGUGUCAGUAACCAUGAAAGAGAACCAGGAGUAUGAACUGAGGUGGAUAAGACACACUUUGCAAUACGACUUCAUAAAACAGAGAUACGAAGUCCAAUACUGGAAGCACAACCAAUAUGAAAAGACUCUCCAGAGGAUAAAUAUCAGCAAUGAUGAGCCUCCCUUCAUCUUCACCCUGCAGAUGCUGGAAUCAUCUACACAAUACAGGGGGAAAAUGCGUGCAAGAGUGAAUACUCCUCUGGAUUACAAGGGGCCUUGGAGUGAAUGGAGCGAGGAGUUCACCUGGGAAACUGAGAAUGUUCUGUCACCAGUGGUUCUCCCAGUGAUGCUCCCAGCCAUCAUCAUUGCUUUACUAAUAAUUGCUCAUUGCAGCUAUAAGUAUUUCCUCAGGAAGAAGAAAAGCUGGGAGGAAAAGAUUCCAAACCCCAGCAAGAGUUUCCUAAUCCAGAGCUACUUAGGGAAAGUACACUUAGGAAACUGGCUGACAAGCAGUCAGCUAGACUUCAGCAAGCACAGCUUUUCUGAGAAGAUGGAGCAAGCUAGUUUCCUUCAAGUUGUGGACAGGCAGACAAAGACUUUGGCAGAGUUCCCCGAAGGGCAAGCUGAAAAGGCAGAGGUUUCCCUGCUUGCACUGGAUCCACAAAACCUAUACCAUGCUUUAGAUGAGCCAGAGCAUGCCCCAGUUGUCUGCCCAUCAAGUCAGAUGGCUGAUCCUUCCUUUCCUGCUUCAAGGGAGAACAGUGCUGAUGCAAGUAUUGCUUCCCAGACAGCAAUCCCUUGCUUUGAUUUCAAUGGUCCAUACUUGUACAGCCCAGUGAUGUCCUCCCAGCCUGAUGUGCAUCAGGCCCUUCAAGCAGUCCCAGCGGGAAUCCAUGGGAAAUCAGUGUCCCUUCAGUAUGUGACCCUCCCAAAGGAAGCCUGUCCCCAGGCUCCACAGAGGCAGGCAUGGCCAGAAGCACUUCCUCUGCAGCCCUUCCUGCUCCCAGACCAGAAGGAAAUGAUGCAGCACCUCAGCAACAGGGAGGAAAUUUCACCAGCCCAACCAGCCUGUGGGAAAUGCAUGAAUGUGAGACCAGAAGGGCAGAAAUCUCCAGUGGCUCUUAGCUGUACCGGCUCUCCCCAGCAGUGCUCCUUGGGCUACAUCACCACAGAUAGUCUCUUACUGCCAUCAGCCAAAGACUCCAGCCAUCUGGCAGUCAUCACUGAUGGAGAGUUAGCUUCUGACUCACAGGAGAUCCAGCCCCCUGAUGACUGCUCUUGCUAUGAGUUUUCUCCUGGGAAAUCUGGUGUAAUGAUUGCCGUUUCAGAUCAAACAUCAAACCCUUCUCCUGAAUUGCACCUGGAUGCAUUUGGGGACUAUCUUACUGUCCCUCCAGGUCCCCAUGGACCUUCAGAAUCCACAAACAUUUCCUUACCUCCCUUACAGAAGGGAAAUAAUCUUCCGAAAGAGCAGCCUUUGUCAGAGGGGAAUUUGGUAGUCUUAAACCCUGACAGCACUGAGCCAGUCUUCCUUUGCGAGGUUGGCGACUAUUGCUUCCCCAGCCUAAAACCCAGUGAGAAGAUGCGUAUAAGCCAGGAAGAUCCACAGGUCAAGAAACCUUCUGAAGGCAGAACAGCACCUGGGAAACCUGUAUCUGAUGAUGAAUCUGUCACUGGCAAAGAACAGAAUGUAUCAAAAAUGCAGGCUAUUCAUCUUUUCAAAAGCCUGAAAUUGGAUGAUUACUUUUCCUGGCAGCAAUCUUCGAGGAUCACAGAAAUCUGUUAAAGCAGCUAAUAUUAAUGAAUGACAAGAACACAAGUAACAGAAAGAGACUGCAACUAUUUCAUGAAAAUGAACCCCACUGUUCCCUUCUACCCAGGAAAAAAUAAACAGCAAUUCCCUUUUCCAGCUUCUAGUUCAACAAGGUGAAUGACUUCAAUCAAUCUCCUUCUCAAUGGCCUUCACAGAUCUGGCAUGAAAGACAAUCCAAAUACCACUAUUUUGGGAGAACUGGUGUUUUUAAAACGUUCUCACUCAUCCACAAUGAGUGUUUUAGCCUUCUCAUGGUCCCGGUAAAAAUGUGAUAGAUCACAGUCAUCCUACCAUAAUACCUAACUGCCUACAGCAAAAUUCAUGGCAGGAAGUGCAGGCUUCAUAGCAUGAAAUGUUACCAGAUUAAAACUGUCUCAGAAACUUCGGAAAGAAAACUCUUACUUUCUUAAGAACAUUUCUUUUGUUUUUUUGUGUGAAAUAGAUCUAAGAGUCAUCAAGGACCUUUCAUACCUCUCCCUUUCCACUGCUGGGAUGGAAUAGAUAUUGUCUAAAACACAACAAAAUAGACAGUGACGGAAGAGUAAAACAAGUAGGAGAAAAAUUUGUUGAAGUCCAGAAAACCUGUCAUAAUGUGCAGGUGCAAUAUAUUGUAGAAUAUUUUGCAAGGGGCAGAAGGAGACACUGCUGAGAGAUAUAAAGUAGGCUGUAGGAAACCAUGGGGAAGAUAUAUUAUUGAAAGAAAACCUGAGAACUCAUAAGGUGGAGUGAGAAGAAGGGAGUGGUAUAGGUAACAGAGAAUGGCAGGGGAGAAAUGUUAUGAAGAUGCAUAAACCUGGCUCUCUUUUUUUUUUUCUGUUUCUAAGUGCUAAAAUACUGUGUGAGUAUCUUUUAAGUUCAUUGGCUGUUUAUGUAUGAUAUAAUAUAUCUAACUAUGUAAUUUAUCCUUAGGUUUUUCUUUUUAAGUAAUAAGCUAUGUUGAGAAAGGGGAGCCAUUUUUUUCCAAUUCUUUUGUAAAGAAAAUGGUGCAAGGUAAGAGCACACUGAUUCAGGGCUGCCAGUCUGUGAUCAGUAAAAGGUUUUGGUUUCAGAUCUGAGGGUGGGCUUGCAUUCCAAAAACAUCUUUUUUUUUUUUUAAUACAUAAGUGGAACUAUUAAAAAUAUUCUUUCUUCCUACA